CACAUAAAGCUUGCUGACCCCUCACGAGGGCAUCUCCGCAUCUGAGUACAGCUACAUAGCUUGCUUUGAAGACACUUUACGGCUAAUCAUACUGCUCAAUUGCACUCUACUUACCCCCAGAUUACUGCUACAGCUUCAGCUACAGCUUCUCAUCAUGGCAGCAAAGUACUCUCGCCGACCCAGCUACCUCGACGGUCCGCUGUCUCCUUCCAUCAUACCCGAGCUCGCCAUUCUACCCCAGCCUCUCCCUGCCGACAAGGUUCCCUGUGGCCAGCUCGUCUCAAAGACGUCAAAGUACACAUCCAAAGCCCUCGAAGACCGCGACUACGAUGACAUUGGCACGCGAUGGUACAAGGACGUCAUCUUCUUCAACGCCGAGAACGGCAACUUCGUCGAGAGCUUCGGCGGCACGCACCUAGUUCAGAAGCCGCUUGAUAAAGGCACAGAGGCUGGCACAAUCGAGGCGGACGAACAGAGCGUGAGGCUGCUCAAGGAUGCUGAUGCGGCACUCCAGAAAGUAUGGCAAGAUGAGGAGGCCAGGAAGUGGAUCAAGGAACAAGAUGAGGCCGGCUUCGUAGUCGCGCACCGUCAGGUCUCCAACGCGAGCUACAAGCGCGCCAGACUUGCCGAUAUCGGUAACAAUAACUGGGAAGUCGUACGCGAGGUUGGCAAUGAAGAUGCUACUGGUAAGCGCAGGGACUCGGGUUUGCCCGUUGAGACGAACAGCAAAUGGGACGUCGUAGGGGUUGUGGUCAAGAAAAUCAUCGUGGAGGGCAACGAUGUGAAGCUUGGUGAUGAGCUUGGAGCUCAAUACUGGCAGUAGCAGUAUAGCUGGACUAUUCCAAGCGCAUAUACAUUUCUUACGAGUUUAGCAACUUAUUGGACGCGUACAGCUUCUUUGAUCAAGGCAAACAGGCGGGCUCUGCAUCUAUCAUCCACAGUGGACGGCU